AUAGUUUUUCAAUGGGUGUUAAGUGAAAUAGGGUCAAAACGAAACACAACUAACUUCGUUGUCUGGUUGAUGUAAAAGAUUUUUCAUGUGUUUUCUUCGCCCUUCAUUCGUUCAAUAAGUUUGCAAAAGUUUUCGUCUACUUUUCAAUUAAUAUAAAAAAUGGCUUAAAUUUUUAUUAUAAAAAUUUACAUCGUUCUACACAAAGAAUAUUUAUUAUUAUAAAAAGUCUGAAUCGAGUGACGAGUGAGGAAUAUUUGCCAACGUGUCUCGCCCAGGUGUAAAGUUGAAAACAAAAGCAGUAAUAAUUUAUAAAAUAUGGAAUUCCAACAACCACCACCACCACUUUCACAACCCGAUAUCUCACAACCGCCACCACAAUUAACAGCGCCAUCUGCUCUUGCAACAAACGCCACACUACUACCUUCGCAGUCAGGCGGUGGGAACCCAUACGGUUCGCACCAUCGCAACCAUUACCAUCCACAUCAUGGAGGCACCGGCAAACCUGGACACCCGUAUUUCAAACCAUUCAAUCCUGGAGGAUUUCAGAGACCAUUCGGUAUGACGCAAGACGAUUUUGAUGGCAAGCGUCUAAGAAAGAGUGUUAUGAGAAAAACAGUUGAUUAUAAUGCAUCAAUCGUAAAAGCGUUAGAGACACGACUUUGGACACGUGAUCAUAGAGAUCGGCAUGCCACACAACCUGAAAGCAUAUAUGUGCCUGAACUUUUACCACCGUCCAGCUAUUUGGACAAUCCCUCCAACGCUGUAACGACACGUUUUGUUAAAACUGCCACCAAUAAAAUGCGGUGUCCGAUUUUCACACUUGCUUGGACUCCCGAAGGCAGACGGUUGGUUACCGGCGCCAGCUCCGGUGAAUUUACACUAUGGAAUGGGUUGACCUUCAACUUUGAAACCAUAUUACAGGCCCACGAUGUUCCUGUUCGUACUAUGGUAUGGUCUCACAAUGACAGCUGGAUGGUGACUGGCGACCACUCGGGAUACGUCAAGUAUUGGCAAUCGAAUAUGAACAACGUGAAAAUGUUUCAGGCACACAAGGAAGCGAUUAGGGGAAUAAGCUUCAGUCCGACGGACAGCAAAUUUGUGAGCUGCAGCGACGAUGGCACACUGCGAAUAUGGGAUUUCCUACGUUGUCAGGAGGAGCGCGUAUUAAGAGGUCACGGUGCCGAUGUCAAAUGCGUGCAUUGGCAUCCACAAAAAGGUUUGAUUGUUUCCGGCAGUAAGGAUAACCAGCAACCCAUAAAGUUGUGGGAUCCCAAGAGUGGUAGCGCGCUGGCGACACUGCAUGCGCACAAGUCCACAGUAAUGGAUUUGAAAUGGAAUGAUAACGGUAACUGGCUAGUCACUGCAUCACGAGACCAUUUGCUCAAACUAUUCGAUUUGCGUAAUCUUCGCGAAGAGAUGCAAGUUUUUCGUGGCCACAAAAAAGAGGCCAGCUCUGUGUCAUGGCAUCCCAUACAUGAGGGUCUCUUCUGCUCAGGCGGUUCCGAUGGCUCUAUACUCUUCUGGAAUGUCGGCACUGACAAGGAAAUUGGUUGUGUUGAGACGGCGCACGACAGUAUUGUCUGGACAUUGGCCUGGCAUCCGUUGGGUCAUAUAUUAUGCUCAGGUUCAAACGAUCACACAAUAAAAUUCUGGACACGUAAUCGACCUGGGGAUUUGAUGCGAGAUAAGUAUAACUUGAACACAUUGCCGGCAAGUUUGGCUGCAUUGGACGAUUGUGAAUACGAUGACGCUGUCAUUCCCGGCAUGGGUCCUGAGGACAAAGUUGAAUUCACCGAAAGUCUCACUGCCGAUAAGGGCUUCAUUCCCGGCCUCGAUUUGGAUCCAUCUAGGGCAGGUGAUCGGGAUCGUGAAAAGAAAGUUCCCUAUAGUAAACCCAUACCGCGUAACUUCCAGGCACAAUGGGCCGGCUCUCGUCGACCUGAUGACGCCAACUUUCAUGACGAAUUAGCAAUGCGUGAACCCAAAGAUACUAGUGGUCUAUCACACCAACAGAUCAGUGAGAGCACCAUUGAGGGCAUGCUGGCUAGUGGUGUGCUGACCACUAUGGAUCCUCAGGCUGUUAUUGGCUUACUAGUUUACAAUCGGUUUAUAAGGGUGCAUCCCGACUCUCGCGUAAUGGUUGCUAUACGGCAAGGUCCAGACUACUUGAACAAAUAUAUUGAUGCUGGGAAGUUGGAUGAGUUGCGUGAUGUUGUACCGAUUCGCGAUCGGUCCCGCUCGAUGUCACCCACACUAGAGGGUCGUGAGAGCUCACCACCAACAAAGCGUUCGCGCUUUGAAACACGUCAACAUAGCGCUCAACUUGUAUGCGUACGCGAGCUGCUGAGUUUGAAAAAGCCAUUUUUCCCUUGCUUGCUGCAAAUGAAGGCGGCACAGGCAGCGCCAAAGUCCGAGUUUGGGGAUGAUGUGCGCAAUUCACCACAACAGCCACAGCAGCAGCAGCAGCAACAGCAACAAAACUUUCAACAGCAGAAUUAUCAGCAGCAACAACAGCAGUCGCCAAUGCAACAACAACAGGGCCGGCCCAGUCCAUGGGCCGUGGGUCCACCCUUCCAGCAGCAGCAACAGCCGCCCAACCCCUGGAACUCAUCGCCCAUGGGCAGUGGUCCAAAUGGCGGUCCCAAUAUGGUGCCGCCACCAAAUCAAAACGGUUACAAUGGCAACAAUGGACCUUACAACGGUCCAGGUUUUAAUGAUAAUAUGAAUUAUGGUGACAAUAAUAUGUACUCGAAAGGUAGUGGCGGCUCUGGUCCAGACGAUAACAAUGGCCCCCAUAUGAAUAUGAAUAACAACAACAAUAUGGGCAACAACAAUUACGGAAAUAAUCAGCGCCGUGGCAACAGACGUGGUGGAGUCGGUGGAGGUGGCGGUAGUAGUGGUGGCCGGAAUCGUGGUGGACGAAAUAAUAACCGAAGAUUUUAAGUGUAGAAUUAACAUUGUAUAGAAUUACACAACAUACACAUAUACAAACGAUUGAAUAAAUUAAUUUUAAGUUAUGAAGCGGAAAUCCGUAAACUAGAUACAUAUAAAUGAAAUCAUGCAUGGACGCUUUCGAGGUUUUUUCAAGUAUAUAUACAUUUAAAAUUAUUGGGAUGGAGCGAGAGAAACCCUGAGAUGUUCGCUUAAUAAUGAAAAACUGGAGAAGCGCGCAAGUAUUUCCUCAUUAAGGCUAUUCUACAAUAUAUGAAAAAAAUGUGCGUGUGCAUGUGGUUUGUAAAUGUGAAAGGUAUGCACCUACAUAUUGAUGGGCGUGUGUAUAUGCUAGUAAUAAAUGAUUAUAACAAUAAUAAAAAUAAUGUAAUUACCGAAGUACGUUUAAGAUUUUCCAUUAGUGGAAUAUAGGAGAAUAUGAUCUGUGGCAGACGCAGUGUUUUUUCAUGAAAUCAAUUCUUCUCUAAACAGAGAAUUUAAUUUCCCACAGGGAAAAUCAAUGUAAUGAUUAUAAUUACACUACAAUCACCGUUGUAAAUUAAAAUUAAAUUUAAAUUAUGUUGACAUCCAC